CAUCCGUUUUAGUUAAUAACAGUAUUUGGGUGACAACACAUCACGAGGAACUAAAACCCAUUAAAUAUAUAUAUAAAAAGAGAAGUAGAAAAAAGUCAUGGGAGUAUUAGCACCAUCUGAUACUUCUGAUCACAAUGUGGAAAGACCUAAUGUAUUCGGAGUUCGUCACUUCCAAAGCAUUCUACUGUUCUUUGGAAUGUGUUUUGGCUACUUUCUUCGUGUAAAUAUAUCAGCAGCUAUUGUUCCUAUGACACAACCCACAGCAGAUCAACCCUUUUACGAAUGGGAUCCAGCAAAGAAAAGUCUCAUCUUGUCAAGCUUCUUUUGGGGUUAUGUGGCAUGCCAGAUGCCUGCUAGUUUAAUGGCAAAACGAUUUGGUGGAAAAUUGGUUCUAGGCAUAUCGACGUGCGUCGGUUCAAUUUUAACAAUUCUAAAUCCAUUGAUUGCGGACAAGGGAGACUGGGUGUUUGUUUGCGUAAUAAGAGUUUUAAUCGGUUUUACCCAAGGUACUGUCUACCCAUGCACACACACCCUCUUGGCCAAGUGGGUUCCACGCCAAGAAAGAGGCUUCUUAUCGUGCAUUGUCUAUUCUGGUGCAGAAUUUGGAACGGCACUAUUGCUAGCCAUUAGCGGCAGCAUAUUUGAUUCUGAGAUGGGUUGGCCAGGCAUAUUUUACAUUACCGGAGCCAUUGGUAUUGUUUGGUCUUUGGUAUUCCUAAUUUUCGGUGCUGAUAGUCCGCGUAAUACAAAGUUUAUAUCCGAGGCUGAAAAGAAGUACAUUGAAUGUUCUACAGGAAGCGAUAAUCAGCAAAUCAACGCAGCCGUACCUUGGAAAACAAUAUUGACAUCAGCAUGUGUUUAUGGACUGACAGCGGCUCACGCUGGCUACACGUGGGGCUUCUACACACUCUUGAAUGAAAUACCCACAUACAUGGCAAAUGUGCUUCAUUUUAAUGUGAAAACAAAUGCUCUACUCUCCGCACUUCCCUAUUUUGUAAUGUGGAUCUUGUGUAUAGUCGUAAGUCCUAUAGCCGAUACACUAAUCAAUCGUAAUAUAACAAGCGUCACUGCAUCUCGAAAAAUAUUUAACACCAUUGGUCAAUGGGUGCCCAUGGUAUGUCUGAUAGGACUUGGUUACAUGACAGAAGAUCAAAAAACUCCAGCCAUUAUUUUAUUGACCAUAGGUGUUGGAUUGAACGCAGCUUCUUUUUGUGGUUACUUGGUAAACCAUAUGGAUCUUUCGCCCAACUUUGCCGGAUUGCUGAUGGGCAUCACGAACACGGUAUCAAAUCUUCUAUCCAUAUGUACUCCGCUUGUGGUAGGAGCUAUUGUCGUAGAUGAAGAAGAUCCCAAUGAAUGGCGUAUAGUUUUCUUUAUAACAGCGGGUGUAUAUCUGAUUUGUAAUGGUUUGUUUUUAAUAUUCGGCAAGGCUACCGUUCAACCAUGGAACAAUGUGAAUAACUCGGUUAGUACGAGCACAUCAUUAUCAAAUGACACCGAAAGUGUUCCGACAGCAAACACUGACUCUCACCCAUAAGAGAAGUAUAGUCAUGGUAGAAUUAAGAAGGUAAAGUCAUUAAAAAUAAGCAUUCCCAGCUAUGCAUUUUCUGUAAUUUACCUUGUCAAAUUACAUGACCAUCUCUGAUUUAUGUGUAAACAAUCGAUUUAUAAUUAUGAAUUUUGACAAUGAGAUGUUGUCAAAUGGAUAAUUUUGAAAAAAAAAAUUGUAAACAUAUGAUCGCAUAACUUUACCUUCUUAAUUCUACCAUGAGUAUAGUCAAAGACUGCAAUGACGUGCGUUAGACAAUGUAGUAAUUACUGACUAAUGUAAAUUGUGAAGUUUUAAGGGGCUAUAAAAUUAGGUGAAAUUAGUAUUGUAUAAUUUUUAAAUAGCUGUUAAGUUAUAGAUUAUUGUAUGCUUAUGACAAAUGUUUAUGUUUACUGAUAAGUGAGUUAGCAAUAUCCGAUAAGUGGUAAAUGCAUUUUAAAGUAUGGAAAAUUCCAAACAGCAAUAAUAUUCGCUGAUAAUAAAGGAUUUGAUAAGAUCCGCACGGAAAGAUAGCGAUGCGCGAAUUGAGUAGCAUAAACAAUUGCGCACCCUCUAGCGUAAGGACCGAACAACCUUGCGUGUGCAUUGAUCAUGGUAGAAGAAUACAGGUAGUCGCAUCGACACAGGUGCGGCUACAAUGAACUGUCAUACAAAUUCUGAAAUUGAAAAAUUUGAAUGAAAAAUCGACACAGCUGCUGAGACAUGCUGACAAUUAACUGUCAAACCAAUUUUAAAAUUGAAAAUUUUGAAUGAAAAAUUAUUCAAAUUUGUAAAAUAUAUGGAAAAUUCUUAUCAUAAUCACGUCAGAUUGGUGUCGUUUAAGAAAAUUUAUAAAGAUCUAUUAAUAA